AUGGUAAGAGCAGAAAUACCUAAAUUAGAAUGUGAACCACAGUUGCAUGAAGCUGUUUUAAGACAUAUGAUCCACGGACCUUGCGGCAUAAUCAGCCGAAAGUCUCCAUGUAUGAAAGACGGGCAUUAUAAAAAAAGGUAUCCCAAACAAUUUUUGGAUGAAACACGUCAAGGCACUGACCCAUAUCUCGAGUAUAGGAGAAGGUUUGAUGAGUCUGUAUCGUUAGGUAGAGAUAGGUCUGUCGAUAAUAGAUGGUGCCCUGAUCGUGUGGCUAUGGAGGUUCAUAAAGGAUCAUACAUGGAUGAAGUUCAGCAAUAUGUUGAUGCAAGAUGGGUUUGUGCUCCCGCGGCAUUAUGGAAAAUAUUUCGAUUCACUCUUUACCGAUUAUAUCCUUCGGUUGAAAGAUUGCAGAUCCACUUUCAAAACCGCCAUCAAGAGCGCUUUUAUGAUCAUCAACAAAUUGCAGAUGUGUUAAAUAAUGAACGCAACUCCAAUACAAUGCUCACACAAUUCUUUGCAUCGAAUCUACGAGAUCCACAAGCAAGAAAGUAUCUGUAUAGAGAGAUUCCAGAUCAUUAUUGUUGGAACAAGCGGGAUAUGGAAUGGCAUCAUAGACGGUCCACAAGAAAAGUUAUCGGGACAAUCUAUACAGUAUCACCUUCGGAGGGAGAUAAGUUUUACUUGCGACUGUUGUUAUCUUAUGUCACAGGUCCAACCAGUUGGGAAUAUCUUCUUACAAAUAAUGGCACGACUUUCAAUACAUUCAAAAAAUCAGCCGAGGAUAGGGGAUUUCUAGAGACUGAUCAUAGUAUUCGUGAUUGUUUGGUUGAGGCUACGAGUCUCCGAAUGCCAUAUGCUUUAUGGAGGUUAUUCAUGACGAUUUUAAUAUUUUGUGAACCUACUAAUGUUAAAGGCCUUUGA